AUGUGCCAUUUAUUCCUCACCUUUUGCCCAUCCUGCUCCAGGGUUGCGGCUCCGUCUCGAGUCGAGAAGUGCGCUAACCGAUCUGACGCAGCCCACACUCCCAUUACAACCCAAAUCACUGCCAUGAAACCCUGCAUUCGAUGCAACAACCGCAACAAACCAUCGAAUCCCACCGGCGUCCUCACUCAAGACAUCCUCGAAGAAAUGUGCGUGAAAAUUCCCGAAUGGCAUCCCACUGCACCACAGGACCCUGCUACCGGGAUCCUUCCAAACUGGGACUCCGAAAGCUUGGCUCGUACUCAAGAUGAGGAACUCUUUUUCGAACACAUCACCCAAAGCCACAGUGUAGAAGUCAAGAAUCGACAAGACUUGCCAAGUCAACGCAACGGAUUCCCGUUAUGCUUGAUGGCUGGAAUCAAGCAAAGGCCCUCACCUGUGAAUCAACGACUUGAGAGAUCACGACCAGACAGAUCAAAGUUUACUUCACCUCCGUUAUCAUGGAACAACAACCCUAGAACCAGACGACUUGGUGUUGCGCCAGCACCACAAGCUGCAGCAAUUCAAGCAGACUCUCCACCGUCGGGAAUAGCCACUCAUUUGGUCCCAGGAGUAAACCAUCGAAGAAGCCAAGCUCAAGAGGAAUCUUCCAUCAUAUCUUCACCACUCAGACUCCAAAUCCCACCUCAAAUAUCAUCUUUCAUCGAAACCCAAGACACAGAAUCCACCCCCUCAUCAGCCACAUCAACCCGUUCCGAAUAUCUCCUCCCAGGACCAUCACCCCAGGCAGAGACAUUCAGUCCCGUAGCCUUCGCUCAAAUUCCCGCCCAUUACGACAUGCGACGAACUUCCGUCUCAACACCUGUCCGUGUCUCCACGACUCAACCACAAGUUCAAGCACGCGAACAACACGAGGCUAAUGACCAGAUGUCUCAACGCAGUCGAGAACAUCAAGAAGAACGCAAGCGUCAAAAUCUCGAGAGCGAACGAAUGCGCGAAUUGCAACAACGAGAUGUUCAGUGCGAGCAGACAUCGCACUCUGAAAAUUUGCCGCCACGACAUGUCAAGGAUGUAGGAUUCAAAAGCGUACGACCCAAGCGUAGCUUGAAAUUGCUUCCGAGUCUUCGAUCUUUCGGUUCUUUCCGGUUUGAUGUUUGA